GAGAAACACCUGCAAAUGCUAAGAAUAGCUUAAAGAGAAAAAAGAAUAGACAUGCUAAGAAAAGAUAUGGCAGUGGACUCUACUACCAUUUGUGGUAAAGAAGAACUGUAACUAGCCUCUAUCAAGAAGGCAACUCGAACAACAACGUCCAUGAAUACCAAUUUCAGAGACUCUUUCUUGACCUCUGAGAAGAAUCAGGAGGAUCAGCUAAAUUCAACAAAAUCUCAGAUUGUUGAAGCAAAAGAAGAAAACGAAAGACUAAAGUCCACGCUAUCCAAAAUCAUGAGGGAUUACAAAUCCUUGCAAAUGCAUUUUCAAGGCGUAGCUCAACCUUAUCAUAAACCUCAAUAUUCAAAGGAUAUUGCAACAAGUACUAUUGUUGAAGUGGAAGAAGAAGAAGAAGUGGAACUUGUUUCACUGAGCCUAGGGAGAACUUCAAGAGAGAUCAAGAAGGAAUAUGAUCAAAAUGAGGGUAAAAAUAAAAAGCAUAGUAAAUUAUUAUUUGAUGGUCUUGAUCUGGGAUUAGACAGUAGAUUUAGUUCAGAUUUAACUAAAGUCACGAAAAAUUAUGAUACCUCAGAAAAUAGCUUUGAGGAAUCAAAGAAGGAGAAUAUAAAUGAACCAUGCCCAAAAAUGGCACGAAUUAGUGGGGAUGAUGAUGAAGAUUUUUUGCAGCAGAAUUCUCAAAAGAAGGCUAGGGUAUCUAUAAGAGCUGUGUGUGACACUACUACGAUGAAUGAUGGAUGUCAAUGGAGAAAAUAUGGACAAAAGAUAGCUAAAGGGAACCCAUGUCCUAGGGCAUACUACCGUUGCACUGACUCCCCAUCAUGCCCAGUCAGAAAACAGGUUCAAAGGUGCUUUGAAGACAUGUCCAUUUUGGUCACCACUUAUGAAGGAACACACAAUCACCCCCUUCCAAUUUCAGCAACUGCCAUGGCUUCCACCACCUCUGCAGCUGCCUCUAUGCUAAGAUGCACUUCCUCCUCAUCAACUUCACAACAAUGUUUCUCAAAUGUUGAUCAAAAUCUUCAUGGAUUCAACUUCACUAAUAAUACUUCAAACAAUAACUUAUUAGCCACACAUGCACCAACUUUCUACUUACCACCAAAAACUUCAAUCUCCACUUCCCAAUCACACCCCACAAUUACUCUUGAUUUCACUACAAACUCAUCAUCAUCAUAGUCACACAUUGUCUUCUCAAAGAUAUUCUUCCACUUCUCUCAAAUUUUUCACACCACCAUCAAGUACUUCUUCUUCCUCUUUCAAUUCAUAUUGUGUAAUAAUUUCAAAAGUCGAAUUGGAGCUGCUUCAUAUCUUGGGACGCCAUGCUUUUCUCAGCCCUUCACUUCCAACAACACUCGGAAUAUGACCAUUGAUGAGUAUAGCAGUGGAGCUAGAAAUUCUGACAAAUGGAUUCAAGAAAAUGCAAAAGUGUCACGCCUAGGAUUUGACCAUGUGACCGUAAAUAAAUUUUAAACCACUUUUGUCACUAAAGUAGAAUCUUCUUUUUUGUUAAGAGAAAUCAACAUUUUAUACAUAUACAUAUACAAGGCUUUGUUUUUAUCUUGUUUGUGCAGUAUAAUUUUCUAACGAAAGAUAUUUUUGCAUCAACUAUGGUCAUUUCUAAGGACCCGAGUCUUGGAUCGAUUUUUGUUGCUGCAAUUUCUUCAAAAGUUUGCAAUGAUUUGUGUUCCAGAAAGUGAUAUUCAUGGAGAGAACUCUAGCAACAACUUAGAAUGGGGAGAGAAUUUUUUAUCAAACAUAUCUCGUCCAUCCAUUAGCUAGACAUGGAAUUUUAAGGUACUUGAACAUAUUUUGUCCAUUACGAUCAUGCAAUUCUGAGAAAAGAAACUUGGAAUUGUUUCCUCCCACAGAUAAUCUAUCUAUAUAAAUAUAUAGAGCAGGGAGAUAGGCCCGUGACGUGGCACUCUCUUAGGCUAGGAUUUGUAUUUAUCUAUUUUCUCAAUUUUUUAGCCUAUUAAAUCAAUUCUUCCAUAUAUUUGCUAAUUAAUAAAAGGAAAAAACACUGAAACCUCACUCUUAUUUCUAUGCUUUGUGACCUUUCAGCCAACCUGUAGGGGUUACAGAGAGUUCGUUUAAAACCUUCGUCCUGAAACGACACCCACAGUUAAAGGCCUUGACUUGUGUAUGUCUACAUGCCUCUUCGUGUAUGCAUCUUUCAAUUUCACUUAUUCCUUUUUAUCUUCUAGGAGAUCAAAGUAGCCUUUUGCAAGUAUCUAUUUCUGUCUAAAUUAAAAUGUUUUUACUUCCGAGAAGUUUUCAUCUAUAUUCUCCAACCACUUUAACGUAAUUUAUCACCUUUACUAUUCCACCAUUAUAUUCGUUGGCACAGUAAUCUCCCCGUCAUCCGCGGCCGCUUGCUAUCAUUUUUAACAGUACAUUCUCCUCCUAUAUCUCAACAUAGGUGUGCAUCAGUUUGUACGAGUCUGAAUAACAUUGAUAUUAACGUUGAUUUAAGCUGUGUGCAACUGACGAUCGUCUAAAUUGCAAAAAGUAUUUCACAAUCCCAUAAACAAUUUUUCCAUUGUCCCUCAGUUUAAUUCUCAAAUGUUCGUCGCUUUGUGAUAUUUAUUUUUAUAUAUAAGAAUGAUUUCGCGCUUGAAGAAAAAUGAAAUUUCACAUCAAAAUAGUUUGUAGGAACAAUAACAAUAGGAAAGUCAACGAUUUGUAUGUGAUUACUGGUGUAUUUGUAAUGUGUAGCUCCUUAACA